CAAAAUUCCUUAGUUCAUAACCCCAUCUCUCUCUGUCUCUUCUCCUUUUCUUCAUAUUUGAAAACUUAACAAGGUCUCAAAGUAUAGCUAGCAAAAUGGGUAAGGAUGAGAAUGAGGCACAAAAGGUGAUGAUGGGAAGAAAAGAGAGAGGUUCCACAGGCAUGAUUUUGAGAUAUGCUGAUUGGAUUGACGUGCUGCUCAUGUUAAUGGGUGCUUUGGGAGCAAUAGGAGACGGCAUGUCGACAAAUGUUUUGUUGCUGUUUGCUAGCCGUAUCAUGAACAGCUUAGGUUUCAGUGACAACCAACUAAGUAGUAAGACUUACAUGGCUGAGGUUGGAAAGUGCAGCUUAUAUUUUGUCUACUUGGGAUUAGCAGCAAUGGUGGUGGCCUUCAUGGAAGGGUAUUGCUGGAGCAAAACAAGUGAGAGGCAGGUGCUGAGAAUUCGUUACAAGUACUUAGAAGCUGUCCUAAGACAAGAAGUAGGGUUUUUCGAUUCGCAAGAAGCUACCACUUCUGAAAUCAUCAAUAGCAUCUCAAAGGACACUUCUCUCAUCCAAGAAGUUCUAAGUGAAAAGGUGCCCCUAUUCUUGAUGCACUCAUCAUCAUUCAUUUCUGGGGUUGCAUUUGCCACGUAUUUCUCUUGGAGGCUGGCUUUAGUAGCAUUUCCAACCCUCCUUUUGCUUAUUAUCCCUGGGAUGAUCUAUGGCAAGUACCUUAUCUACUUGUCAAAAUCAUCUGUGAAAGAAUAUGGCAAAGCAAACUCCAUAGUGGAACAGGCACUAAGCUCCAUCAAAACUGUUUAUUCAUUCACUGCUGAGAAGAGAAUCAUAGGGAGAUAUUCAGACAUAUUGUGCAAAACUUCAAGGCUUGGAAUCAAACAAGGCAUAGCUAAGGGUCUUGCUGUGGGAAGCACAGGUCUCUCUUUUGCAAUAUGGGCUUUCAUUGCUUGGUACGGAAGCCGUUUGGUUAUGUACAAAGGUGAAAGUGGUGGAAGGAUCUAUGCCUCAGGAAUUUCCUUCAUAAUGUGUGGACUAUCUCUUGGAGUGGUACUUCCUGAUUUAAAGUACUUCACAGAAGCAUCUGUUGCUGCUUCACGAAUAUUUGGCAUGAUUGACAGAAUACCAUUAAUUGAUGGUGAAGACACAAAAGGACUUGUGUUAGAACAUAUUAAUGGCAAGCUAGACUUUGAGCAUGUGAAAUUCACAUACCCGUCUCGUCCAGACAUGGCUGUGCUCAGUGAUUUCAAUCUCCAAGUGGAAGCAGGGAAAACGGUUGCUCUAGUUGGUGCAAGUGGGAGUGGCAAGUCCACUGCAAUAGCAUUGGUGCAAAGAUUUUAUGAUGCAGAUGAAGGUGUUGUGAGGGUUGAUGGUGUGGACAUAAAAAGUCUGCAGUUGAAAUGGAUGAGAGGAAAAAUGGGGCUUGUAAGUCAAGAACAUGCAAUGUUUGGGACAUCCAUAAAGGAGAAUAUUAUGUUUGGGAAACCUGAUGCUACCAUGGAUGAAAUAGUUGCUGCAGCCUCAGCAGCCAAUGCUCAUAACUUCAUAAGGCAACUUCCUGUUGGUUAUGAAACCAAGAUUGGAGAAAGAGGGGCACUUCUUUCAGGUGGACAGAAGCAAAGAAUAGCCAUUGCAAGAGCCAUCAUAAAGAAUCCUGUAAUUCUCCUACUUGAUGAAGCAACUAGUGCUCUUGACUCUGAAUCAGAAUUACUGGUUCAGAAUGCCCUUGAUCAAGCUUCCAUGGGGAGAACUACAUUGGUUGUUGCUCAUAAGCUAUCAACAAUUCGAAAUGCAGACCUCAUAGCAGUAGUCAGUGGUGGUCGAAUCAUUGAAACUGGCACACACAAUGAACUCAUCAACCGUCCAAAUGGCCACUAUGCAAAACUGGCAAAACUACAAACACAAUUGAGCAUGGAUGACCAAGAUCAAAAUCAAGAACUUGGUGCACUUUCUGCAGCAAGAAGCAGUGCAGGUAGACCAAGCACAGCCAGGUCAAGCCCUGCCAUAUUUCCAAAGUCACCAUUGCCUGAUGAAACCACCCCAACACAAGUUUCUCGCUCUCCACCUUCUUUCACAAGGCUUCUCUCUCUGAAUGCUCCUGAAUGGAAACAAGGCCUAAUUGGAACCCUCUCAGCCAUUGCCUUUGGCUCAGUUCAACCAAUAUAUGCUUUAACCAUUGGGGGCAUGAUUUCUGCUUUUUUUGCUGAAAGCCAUCAAGAAAUGAGGCACAGAAUCAGGACUUAUUCUUUCAUUUUCUGUUCCCUAUCCCUUGCUUCUAUGAUCCUCAACCUCUUGCAACACUACAAUUUUGCUUACAUGGGAGCCAAGUUGACUAAAAGGAUAAGACUGCGCAUGCUGGAGAAUAUCUUGACCUUUGAAACUGCUUGGUUUGAUGAGGAACAAAACUCCAGUGGAGCAUUGUGCUCAAGGUUAAGCAAUGAGGCUUCCAUGGUUAAGUCCCUUGUAGCAGAUAGACUCUCUUUGCUAGUUCAAACAACUUCUGCUGUCACCAUUGCAAUGAUCAUAGGCCUUGCAGUGGCUUGGAAGCUUGCACUUGUAAUGAUAGCAGUGCAGCCACUCACAAUCCUUUGCUUUUACACAAGAAAAGUGUUGCUCUCCACACUCUCAACCAAGUUUGUUAAGGCACAGAAUCAAAGCACACAAAUUGCGGUGGAAGCAGUUUAUAAUCACAGAAUUGUGACCUCAUUCGGGAGCAUUCCAAAAGUGCUGAGGCUAUUUGAUGAGGCUCAAGAGGCACCAAGGAAGGAGGCAAGGAAGAAGUCUUGGCUAGCUGGCAUAGGAAUGGGGUCUGCUCAGUGCCUAACUUUCAUGUCAUGGGCUUUGGAUUUCUGGUAUGGUGGAACUUUGGUGGAAAAGAGAGAAAUAUCAGCUGGGGAUGUGUUCAAAACAUUUUUUGUGUUGGUGAGCACUGGCAAGGUCAUAGCUGAGGCUGGAAGCAUGACUUCUGACCUUGCCAAGAGCUCAACAGCAGUGGCAUCUGUGUUUGAAAUUCUUGACCGGAAAUCACUAAUUCCCAAGACUGGAGAUAACACUAACGGCCUUAAGUUGGAAAAGAUGAAUGGAAAGAUAGAGUUGAAGAAUGUUGAUUUUGCCUAUCCAAGCAGGGCAGGGACCCCAAUAUUGCGCAAGUUUUGCUUGGAGGUGAAGCCAGGAAAAAGUGUUGGUUUGGUUGGAAAAAGUGGAUGUGGAAAAUCAACAGUGAUUGCCUUAAUUCAAAGAUUCUAUGAUGUUGAGAGAGGUUCAGUUAAAGUGGAUAAUAUAGACAUAAGGGAAUUAGACAUUCACUGGUACAGGCAACACACGGCACUGGUUAGCCAAGAACCUGUGAUAUAUUCUGGCAGCAUACGUGACAACAUUUUGUAUGGUAAGCAAGAUGCAGCAGAGGACGAAGUAGUUGAGGCUGCAAAAGCUGCCAAUGCUCACGAGUUCAUAUCGUCACUGAAAGAUGGAUAUGAAACUGAAUGUGGAGAAAGGGGGGUGCAGCUAUCAGGAGGGCAAAAGCAGCGAAUAGCAAUUGCAAGGGCCAUAAUUCGCAACCCAAAGAUACUACUUCUGGAUGAGGCAACAAGUGCCCUAGAUGUGCAAUCAGAACAAGUUGUGCAAGAAGCACUUGAUAGGACUAUGGUAGGAAGAACCACCCUUGUUGUGGCACAUAGACUUAACACCAUCAAAGAGCUUGAUUCAAUUGCUUAUGUGUCAGAGGGCAAGGUCCUUGAGCAAGGAACCUACGCCCAGCUUAGGCACAAGAGAGGUGCAUUCUUCAACCUUUCUAGCCAUCAAGUCCAAACUUAGGUAAUGUAAAUUAUUAUUAUUAUUAUCAUGUACAAAUUUGAGUAGCAUUGUGACUUGUGAGCAUGGUUGGUCAUUGCUAAAGCCCAUCUAAGGUGAAAUGGGUUUGAGGCCGUUUUUGGUCCAACCAUAUAUAGAUAAAGAGUCACUCCAUUAAGGGCCCAUAUAAUAUAUCCAAAUGGGCUGGUUCAAGUGUUGUAUAAGGACCCAAGCUCAAUAUGAAAUGUGCUAUGCAUGUAAUCCUAAUGCCGAAUAUAAUAAAAACAAAC